CCAAGUAGGACAAAACAAAUCUUUUGCUAAAUUCUCCAAUGUAAAUAAAAUAAAAAAUAAAAAAUAAAAAAACCCAAACUCCAUUGUUAAUCCUCACAUCACCCCCAAGUCACCGGCGGCGAGCAACCGAAUCCAUUGCUUGAAGUUUUUGUGCACCUUCUUGCCCACAAUUGCUAUAGUUGAAGCUCUUUCUCUAAUCACUUCUCGUGGUAACGAUAUCUGCAGAUGUAAAUGCCAUCUUAAGACCAAACGGAAAAAAAUGUUACCUUUAAAAAACACAAGGAAAAGGAAGAAAAGAAAGGAAAGAAGUAAAUGGUGCUCUAACCAAGUUCUGUGUAAGGAAGCACAACAGUGUGAACAGAAGCAGAGGAAGAAAUACACAGCCACCUUGGAACAAUUAUCGGCAUUUGAAGUAUUGCUUGAUGAGGUUUAUGUGGAUUGUCUCCCUAAACCAAGCGAUUAUGAUGCUCGAAGAGAUUUGCUUCGUAUCUUUAAUGAAAUAGCAAAGGAGGUUUAUGGCUAUUCUGCUGAUGCUCCUGUUGUUGAGGUGUUUGGGUCAUAUUCAAUGGAUUUAUUCUGUGUUAAAAGUGACUUGGACCUAUCUGUCAACUUCACCAACAGAAAAGUUAACAUUACACGGGAGAAGAAGAUUCAGACUCUGAGGAAAUUUGCAAAAAAGUUUUAUCAACUUCAGAGGAAUGGUUUUGUUCGUGGUGUCAAUCCAGUUACAACUGCCAGGGUGCCAGUUCUAAAAGUUGUUGACCGAGGAACUGACAUUGAAUGUGAUAUAUCAGUUGAAAACCAGGAUGGGAUUUCAAAAUCAAAGACAAUUUACAUGAUUGGUUCCAUUGAUGAACGUUUUCGGAAAUUGAGCUUCUUGAUGAAAGCAUGGGCAAAAGCACAAAAUAUUAACAGCGCAAAGGAUCAAACAUUGAAUUCUUUAUCUAUAAUACUCUUGGUUGCUUUCCAUUUGCAGACGCGAAAUCCUCCCAUACUGCCUCCAUUUUCCGCCUUAUUCAAAGAUGGUAAUGACUCAGUAGCAGUGGAGAGCUCUGUGUGUAAGUUUUCAAACUAUGGAAUAAGCAAUAAAGAAUCAGUGGCUGAGCUCUUUGUUUCUCUAUUAAACAAGUUGCUAUCAGUUGAGAAGCUCUGGUCCGAAGGUUUGUGUGCCAGCACAUUUGAAGGAUCUUGGAUAUCUCGAACACGGGGUGAUAGAGUUGGCCGUAUAAAUGUUGAAGAUUUCGCUGAUAGAUCUCAAAAUGUUGCAAGGGCAGUAGGAGCAGUAGAAGUUAAACAGAUUUACCGCUGUAUCCAGCUUUCAGUCCAACACAUAUUUGAUUUCUUAAAUAAAAAGAUUGGAGGGAACUCUUUAAGGGAGUUCCUAUUUGGCCAAGUUGUAGCCUCCAAGCUAGCUGGCGCUGGUACUGCAAAAUCUGGAAAAAAGGAGGUGCAAUCUGUUGCACUUUCAAAAGGAAAUAAGAAAACUGUACAUGUUGAUUCUAUCUUGACAAAAAGCAGGACAUCUGUGAAAAGUCCGAGAGGGAUGGCACAAGGAAAGCAUAAACUUCUGGGGCCAACUGACUCCUCCUUGACAAAAAGAAGUCGAACAGAUGAUUGGUUGGGUGGCACUUUCUCUGAGUUGUCAAGAAGGCAGCCAGGAGAACAGCCUAUGCCUUACUACUUGACGAAUAGUUGGGGACCAAUGUCAAUGAUCUCAAGAGAAGCCAUGUACAAUAGGCCUCAACCUGUUCCGUUUGAACCUACCUAUGGAAGGAUGAGAUUCGCAGAACAUUCUGGAGACCCAAAUCUGAUUGCUCCAGCUGUUCCUCAUAUGUUUCCGUCCAGGCACCCUAUAGGUAGUCAAAUUUCUUAUGAGCCUCUGAGACAUCCUGUUGGUUAUCUUAAUUCAGUUUUUGAUUCUAGGCAAUCCUCAGCAUAUAUUUUGCCCCCUCAUUCUAGGCGGUUUUGAUGUGUAAGGUUAAACCUAAUGAUUCCCCAUCAAUGUAAUUUUGCCAUGGGGAUGUACAAGUUGAAACAGAUACUAGUUUAAGGGUACAAGAAAGUUUUCUUUCUUCCUUUAUACCUUCAAAGCUCUGAGUUUAUACUUUGCAUUCUAUUCCAAUCUGUAUUUUUUGAUAAAUCCUCACAGAGUAGAGUUGUCAUGACAAUUGUGUUUUAACUAGUUAUUUUAG